CGCAAAGUUGCAGUCGACCCGUGUUUUUGUUAUGUUUGAGGUGUUGACAGUGGUCGUUUUAAUAACAUCUAGUCGAUAGAUAUUCACUAGGAUAGCCCAAAAUAAUAUUUUCAAAUGUUCAGUGGACAGUGGUGACUGGAGAGUACAGUUCUAUUUCAAGUCUAUUUCAAGCUUUGGUUUUUUGAUUCGUCAAAACCGAUUUUUUUAAGUGGAGAAUAAUUAAGUACUGAAUAGAUACUCCGAAAAUAUCAAAUCUAUGAUUUUACAAUGAAAACUCUAAUCCUGGGAAUGUUCCAUUUGCGACGUAAAAGCUUAAUUAAUUUAGAAAACAAACUCCAGUUGACUAAAACGGAGCUCAACGGUCUACAUUCAGCAUUACGCCUAACGUUAUUCUGUGGACGUAUGAUGGGAGUUGUACCUUUAACGGGUUUGAUGAAUACACGUAGUUACGAAUUGAGGUUUCAGUUUUUAUCAUUCUACACAAUAUUAUACUUCGUCAGCAGCGUUGGUCAAAUACUUAUGUUCAUCAUGAGUUUCUAUUGGGUCCUUGAAAACCAAAUUUCACUAACAAAUAUGACAAACUUCUUAUUUUACACGUCAGGGUCAGUAUCGCUCUUCAUAUUAGCCACUGUCUGCCAACGAUGGCCACGUUUGGUAGCGAAGGUGGAAUCCAUUGAGCAGAAACUUCCACCGUUGUCGAAUCAUGUCAUUAAGCUCUGCAAUAUUACUAUGUCGUCAAUACUUUUUGCUGCUCUGGUGGAACAUUUGCUUUCAAUUCUGUAUGGAGUAACAGUAGCCACAGCUUGCGACUCAAAAAAUAUUGCGGAGACAUUUUUUCGUUACGAUAAACCAUGGAUUUUUACGUACACUAGGUAUAGUUUAUGGAAGGGGAUUUUAAUUGAGGUGUUCAAUAUUCAAUCUACUUUCAUUUGGAGCUACAGUGACUUACUAAUAAUGGUUAUCAGCAUUUACGUCACUGAACAUUUUAAAUUGCACAAUAAGCUAAUGAAAGAAGCUGCACAACAUGAGCUAUUUAACUGCGAUGAAUUUCGUGUACAACAUAUGCUCUUAAUAAGGCUUGUAAAGUUGAUCAAUGAAACUAUUGGUAUCUACAUACUCAAUUGUUUUGGAAGUAACCUAUAUUGGAUUUGUACGCAGCUAUAUUUCAGCAUGAGUAAAAACAACACCGGCCAUUUUGUAUCAUGUUUAAUCAAAAACCAAGGCUCCAAUAUUGUCCACGGCAUUGAGCACACAAUCUACUAUACUUACUCGUUCGCGUUUCUGGUGGUUCGUACGAUGCUAGUUCUACUGCUGGCCGCCAGGGUGCACUCGGCGUCCACUGUACCCUUGAUUCUGUUGUACCGUAUACCCAAUUCCAGGUUCAAUAUCGAGGUGGAAAGGUUUAUUGGCCAAAUUAACAACAUUAAAGUGGCUUUGAGUGGUUUGGAUUUCUUCUACGUGACCAAAACGAUGAUUCUGACUCUGUUGGGAACAAUCGUCACAUACGAACUGGUUAUGCUGCAAUUUAUUAAGUAAAUAAAUUUAAAAUAUUAUUUUAAUGUUUCUUUCAUAAUAAAUUAUUAUUAAAAUAU